AUGUCAGUCACAGAGGAUCAGAUCGUCAAGGACGUCCAGAAAGUAUGCACACAAGCCGUCGAACUCGGGAAACAUCUGGAUCUUACCGUCCGAGGGGUAAUUCAACAGUUGAUCGAUGAGAUGAAGCAUGAUGAAGAAUUUGUGAACUCAAAACCAAUCAAGAGAUUAAUCAAAACUACUGCGGCAGAAUGUCUACAGCCCGUCACACAACCCGAACCCGAUCCAACAGACGAAAAGCAGGCAGAAACGAAAGACUCAGCCGAUCAACCAGAAGAAACAACCACCCAGAAAGACUUAGUCGAUCAACCUGAAGAAACAACCACUCAGAAAGACUCAGUUGAUCAACCGAAAGAACCCAAAGAGGACAAGAAAGAUUCCCUAGCUCUACCCGAUCAAUCGUCUGCUCCUCCUUCGCGUCCACCCAGCAAAAAAAGAGCAAGAACAUCAAGCAAAGGUGUAUUCAAGUCGGCCGAAAUGGUUGAUUCUGAUGGAAACUCAAUUCACGAAGAUGAAGAAUCAACUGUCAAACCCGCCUCCAAGCCAAAGGUCAAGAGAGAAAGGAAGAGUAAAGGAACUAAGAAGGAUGAUUCAGAGCAAGAAUCAAAGAAAACCCUUGACAAAGAACAAAAAUCAGAAGACGAUGAAAAGCCUACAUCGAGCACACCCGCUCCCAAAAGUGGAAAGGGCAAACGACGCGAGUCUGCGCCGGUUGAUAAAGAUGAAGAGAGGAUUAAAAAAUUAAAAGUGGGCAGGUUAUCUCAAAGCCAUCGUCAUGUUUGUGCAUUCGAAUACAGAUGUUGA